GACCUUGCAGGUUUGUGAUGAGGAGGGAGCACAGAGCACACUACUUCUCCUCCUCCUGCUCCCGGCUCUCCUCCUCCUCCUCCUCUCGCCGUCGCCGCCGCUGCCGCUGCCGCCGCUGCUGCUGCUGCUGCUGCUGAGCCAGCCGUAGACUUUAGAGAACAACAUCCACCUCCCCAAAUCCAGGGCGACCGCGACCAGCUAUUCCGCCCCAACCCCCACCUUCACCCCCCCAUAAUAGAAGGGGGGGAAACAAACAAAAAGGGGGGGCAGCGCAGAAAAUCAAAACAAUAACAAACAAACAAAAACCCUAAACAACCACCAAAAAAGAGGAUCAGGUUUUUUUUUUUUUUUAUUAGUUUAGUCUGGGUUAAAAGGGGGAACGGGAGGGGAAAAAAAGUAUUUUUCCCGUUGCUUUUUUUUUGGUGUGUUUCCAUUCUCAACUGUCUAGGACAGUGGGGAGAACCCCCCAAAUCCUUUCAUUGCUUAAUUGGGUUUAUUUCCCCCCUUUCUUCAUAAACUACAAAAGAGCAAGACUUGCUUUGUAAACAAAUCAAUGGUAUUUGCUUUGGGGUGGAAAAACCUUGUUUGGGGGAGAGAGAGGUAACCCCCCCAAAGACUUUAUUUUCAAUAGUUUUUUCUUGAUUUUAUUAACUAUGAAAAAUUUUAUUGAAGGAUGUCUCGCCGCAAGCAAGCGAAACCGAGAUCACUCAAAGUAGAAGAAAAUGAGGCAGAGGACCAUCAGGAGGGUGUAGGACAGACGGCCACACAGUCUGACCCCAACUGUAAACUAGAAGACAAGACCGAAGAUGGAGAUGCAUUAGAUUGUAAGAAAAGACCAGAAGAUGGGGAGGAGUUAGAGGAAGAAGCUGUACACAGCUGUGACAGCUGCCUCCAGGUGUUUGAGUCGCUGAGCGAUAUCACAGAACACAAGAUUAAUCAAUGUCAACUGACAGAUGGAGUGGAUGUUGAAGACGACCCCACCUGUUCUUGGCCAGCAUCCUCGCCUUCCAGUAAGGACCAGACUUCGCCCAGCCAUGGAGAAGGUUGUGAUUUUGGAGAAGAAGAAGGCGGCCCCGGACUCCCCUACCCGUGCCAGUUCUGUGACAAGUCCUUCAGUCGCCUGAGCUACCUGAAGCACCAUGAGCAGAGCCACAGCGACAAGCUUCCCUUUAAGUGCACCUAUUGUAGUAGACUGUUCAAACACAAGCGCAGCCGAGACCGCCAUAUAAAACUCCACACAGGAGAUAAGAAGUACCAUUGUAGCGAGUGUGAUGCGGCGUUCUCUAGAAGCGAUCACCUAAAAAUCCACUUAAAGACUCACACGUCCAACAAGCCAUAUAAAUGUGCCAUUUGUCGACGUGGCUUCCUCUCGUCCAGUUCCCUCCACGGACACAUGCAGGUGCACGAGAGGAACAAGGACGGCUCGCAGCCGGGCUCCAGGAUGGAGGACUGGAAGAUGAAGGACACCCAGAAGUGUAGCCAGUGCGAGGAGGGCUUCGACUUUCCCGAGGAUCUCCAGAAGCACAUCGCCGAGUGCCACCCCGAGUGUUCCCCGAACGAAGACCGGGCCGCCCUCCAGUGCGUUUACUGCCACGAGCUCUUUGUGGAGGAGACGUCGCUGCUGAACCACAUGGAGCAGGUGCACGGCGGGGAGAAGAAGAAUUCCUGCAGUAUUUGCUCGGAGAGCUUUCACACGGUGGAGGAGCUGUACAGUCACAUGGACAGUCACCAGCAGCCCGAGUCGUGUAACCACAGCAAUAGCCCUUCUCUGGUCACCGUCGGCUACACCUCGGUAUCGAGCACCACCCCCGAUUCCAACCUCUCCGUGGACAGCUCCACCAUGGUGGAGGCAGCCCCGCCGCUCCCCAAGAGCCGGGGGAGGAAGCGGGCCGCCCAGCAAGCGUCGGACAUUACUGGCCCCUCCAGUAAGCAGGCGAAAGUGACCUACAGCUGCAUCUACUGCAAUAAACAGUUAUUUUCGAGUCUUGCAGUGCUGCAGAUUCACCUAAAAACUAUGCAUUUAGAUAAGCCCGAGCAGGCCCACAUCUGUCAGUAUUGCUUAGAAGUGUUACCCUCCCUCUACAACCUGAACGAACAUCUUAAACAAGUGCACGAAGCUCAGGACCCGGCUCUGAUUGUUUCGGCCAUGCCCGCCAUGGUCUACCAGUGCAACUUCUGUUCGGAAGUUUUUAAUGACCUCAACACUCUCCAGGAACACAUUCGAUGUUCUCAUGGAUUUGCAAAUCCUGCUGCUAAGGACAGUAACGCAUUCUUUUGUCCUCAUUGCUAUAUGGGGUUUCUUACUGAUUCUUCCUUAGAAGAGCACAUAAGACAGGUCCAUUGUGACCUUAGCAGUUCCCGUUUUGGUUCCCCGGUGCUUGGAACACCAAAAGAUCCUGUCGUGGAAGUGUAUUCUUGUUCCUACUGUACAAAUUCUCCAAUAUUCAACAGUGUUCUCAAAUUGAACAAGCAUAUUAAAGAAAACCAUAAGAACAUUCCUUUGGCACUGAAUUACAUUCACAAUGGAAAGAAAUCCAGGGCCCUGAGCCCACUCUCUCCUGUGACAAUAGAACAGACAUCUCUAAAAAUGAUGCAGGCGGUCGGUGGGGCUCCUCAGCGUCCCACGGGGGAAUAUAUUUGUAACCAAUGUGGGGCAAAAUACACUUCCCUGGACAGUUUUCAGACUCAUUUAAAAACUCACCUGGACACUGUGUUGCCCAAACUGACCUGUCCUCAGUGCAACAAGGAGUUUCCAAAUCAGGAAUCUCUGCUGAAGCACGUCACCAUCCAUUUCAUGAUUACCUCAACGUAUUAUAUCUGUGAAAGCUGCGAUAAGCAGUUCACAUCCGUGGAUGACCUCCAGAAGCACCUGCUGGACAUGCACACCUUCGUCUUCUUCCGUUGCACCCUCUGCCAAGAGGUCUUUGACUCCAAAGUGUCUAUUCAGCUCCACUUGGCCGUGAAACACAGCAACGAAAAAAAAGUCUACAGGUGCACCUCCUGCAACUGGGACUUCCGCAACGAGACCGACCUCCAGCUCCACGUCAAACACAACCACCUGGAGAACCAGGGGAAGGUGCACAAGUGUAUCUUCUGUGGCGAGUCUUUUGGGACUGAGGUGGAACUCCAGUGCCACAUCACGACCCACAGUAAGAAGUACAAUUGCAAGUUUUGCAGCAAAGCGUUCCACGCCAUCAUUUUGUUAGAGAAGCACUUGAGGGAAAAGCAUUGCGUCUUUGAGACAAAAACUCCCAACUGUGGCACCAAUGGAGCAUCUGAACAAGUUCAGAAAGAGGAGGUAGAGCUCCAGACCUUGCUGACCAACAGUCAGGAGUCCCACAACAGCCACGACGGGAGCGAAGAAGACGUCGACGCAUCCGAGCCCAUGUACGGAUGUGACAUUUGCGGUGCAGCCUACACCAUGGAGACUCUGCUGCAGAACCACCAGCUUCGAGACCACAACAUCCGACCUGGAGAAAGUGCCAUAGUCAAGAAGAAAGCAGAGCUCAUUAAAGGGAAUUACAAAUGUAACGUCUGCUCUCGAACAUUCUUCUCGGAGAACGGUCUCCGUGAGCAUAUGCAGACCCACUUGGGGCCGGUGAAGCACUACAUGUGCCCCAUUUGUGGAGAACGGUUUCCUUCCCUUCUGACUCUUACUGAACACAAAGUGACACAUAGUAAGAGCCUGGAUACUGGGAACUGCCGGAUCUGCAAGAUGCCCCUCCAAAGUGAGGAGGAAUUUUUAGAGCAUUGCCAAAUGCACCCCGACCUGAGAAAUUCCUUGACGGGAUUUCGUUGUGUGGUAUGCAUGCAGACGGUGACCUCUACCUUGGAACUCAAAAUCCAUGGGACAUUCCACAUGCAAAAAACUGGGAAUGGGUCCGCUGUACAAACCACGGGGCGUGCUCAGCAUCUCCAAAAACUGUAUAAGUGUGCAUCUUGCCUGAAGGAAUUCCGCUCCAAACAAGAUCUGGUGAAGCUCGACAUCAACGGUUUGCCGUACGGCCUCUGCGCCGGCUGCGUGAAUCUCAGUAAGAGUGGCAGCCCCAACAUCAGCAUCCCUUCCAGCAGUAGUAGACCAGGCUUGGGCCAGAAUGAGAACUUGGCUUCCAUGGAGAGUAAAGUCAAGGCAGGGGGACUGAAGACUCGAUGCUCGAGUUGCAAUGUUAAAUUUGAAUCGGAAAGUGAACUUCAGAAUCACAUCCAGUCCAUCCACAGAGAGCUCGUUCCAGAUAGCAACAGUACGCAGUUGAAAACACCCCAAGUAUCGCCCAUGCCCAGAAUCAGUCCUUCCCAGUCGGAUGAGAAGAAGACCUAUCAGUGCAUCAAGUGCCAGAUGGUUUUCUACAAUGAAUGGGAUAUUCAGGUUCAUGUUGCAAAUCACAUGAUUGGUUAUUUGAAUUUUGAAGAAUCCGAAAUGAAGGUGGCCUCUUUAACUGGGCUCUUAAGGCAGUGCCUGCUCUGGGUAGGUGUGUGCUGCUUGCUGCAAGUCAUGUAGCUUUAAAUAGUAUGCCUUGUACAUUAGCCCCUUUCUAUGCUGUAUUGUAAUGAAGCCACAUCAGUAAAUUGCAGUGAAGGGUGAUUGUUGCACAGGGAUGACUACUACACCUUGGGGUCCAUUUGCACCAGAUUAUUCUUUUUAUUGUUAUUAUUACUUCCCAUCUUCUUUACUCUCUUGCUGCCGAACUUGCUGUUGGCCACCAGUGCAGCACAGAGGGGAUCUUUAGGAACAUUGUGGACCUCAUUUUUCUCUUAGGUACACACCAAUCACAGUUCAAUUCCAAACCCAGGUAUCCUGGGCGGCUUUUUAUUGAUGCCACUUUGGUUUGUUGACUGGAAGCAGAGUGUCCCUCAUCAUCAGCUUCUUAAAAGAAUGAAUUCACUGUGAGCAAAACAGGACAGGCCUCUCUGCCCAAAUGUUUCUGGAUGGGAGACCCUCUGAAUUGAGAGCAGAAAUGAUCACACGUUGUCCCCUUCUUCUUUCUUCUCACCCUGCCCCCCCAAGAGUCAAUUCAUGAAAGGGAAUAGAGAUGGGAUUAUUGCAUUGGAAAUAUACUUUUGGCUUUAGCUUUUCCUUAGAUUUCUUCCAUGCAGACAUUAAUGUUACCUUUCAAACACAGAUAAAGGCAUUGUGGUUAUUGCAUAGGUUAGUGGUUUUCCAUGUUUACCUGCAAAAUAGCCAUUUUUCCUUCUCUCUAAUCACUAUUUUAAUCCAGUACUUAAUUGGGAAGCCAUAUAUGUAUAUAGAAUAUCAGAAUCCUCUGCCCCAAUUUAAUAAUGUCAUCUACAAGAUUUGCUUUGAGCCUAGGGGUGUUUAUAUGUGAGUUUUUCUUGAAUGUUAAUCUCGCUCUUUUUUUUGUCAUCAGUUUUGGGCCCGUGUCCAUUUGUUUUUUCAGAUUGUUAUGCAGCUGGUUUUCUUUUAAUACCAAGCUACUGUGCAGCAUUCAUACUGAAAUCUAGAAUUAGAACUGACACACCUUCAAUUGAACUAUCAAGUCUUUUAAAACUGCUUGGCCAGUGACGCCAGUCCCACACUAUUCGGCUGUACACACUUCCGAUUGUGGGCCAAAGAGCAUUGAUUUUUAGCUGUCAUUUCUAGUGCACGCACUGUAGAAUUGAAAUUUAAACCUUAAUCCACUCUGUAAUGCAAUUAAUUUUUAAUGUGCAGUAAUACUAAUUGAAAUAGCCUGAAUUUAGUAAGUCACCACAAGACAUUUUCAGAAGCAAGAGUCUCCACUGAGAACUGGGUGGGGGGACAGAUAAUCAUUGUUGCAGUGUUUACAGAAUAAAUGCUUGCUCUACAGGCUAUCCAGUGGAAAGAAAUUUUUCUUUAAAUUAGGCUCUAUCAUUAUGUCUCUUUGUGGGCUGAAACGUCUUUUCAUUGAGUUUCUGUUGCCCAUCCUUGGAUUGAAUUAUUAAGAUUCCCUGUUUAAGGGAGGUAAUCAGUUUAAUAGAGAAAUUUUGCUGUGAUGUGCACAGAAGAAAAUAGAAAGACAGACACACAUGUGCAUAUAUGUAUGGUGUAUACAUAUACACAAGUCUGUGAAUGGAUCUCAAUUAAGCCAACCGUCAAUAGUGUCAAGGUCAGAAGCUACAGUCUAAACAUAUGCAAAGAAUAGUUUUAUUAGGAACUCUGUGCUUGGUGGUCUAUACUUGGUUGUGGUGUGGGCCUUAUCAAAUGGUAGCAUUUCAGUUGGCAUGUUUCAGUAAAUUUAAAUUUCGGUGAACUAUGCAUACACCUGGCUUGCCUUGUAAUAUUGUCUUUUAUUUCAGAGCUAGUUCCCCCUCCCCGUAUUUUUUCAAAAUGGACUUUUGAAUGUUUGGAGGGUUUCUUCCCUGUAACCACAGUAAAGCAAAUUUUGUACCAUAAAACCACAUAGGUUUUCAGCCAUUUCUCUACUAAAAAGGUUCUCUAACCACAUUUAUCUGCUAGUAAAUGAGUAUUUUUUAAAAUGCAUCAGUUCUGCUGAUGAAUGGGCUUGCAGAGUGUUCAAAACGAGCACCAGCAUUAAGUGAAAAAAAAAUGGCAAGCAUUGUAUAUCAUCCUUUCAUGGCUUUCACAUUAUAGUAUUUAAUAAGCCGAUAGUGCUGUUAAAUAUUUAGCAAAGGCUCCCUCAAAACCCUGCCAUAGAUUCAAAUGGGAUUUUAAGACAUUUUUUUUUGCAACACAUAAGUAAAAAUGAUGUUGUAUUACUUAGAACAGUUGUAGCGUGGCAUAUUUUCUAAAUGAAGUGUGGGUAACAUGGCACAAAUGAGUUCAGCAGAUUUUACACCCACAAAACACCUAAAUCAAUUCCUGCUUUUAGGUUCAGACUGGUUCUUGUGUUGUCACUGCUUUGUCAAAGGACCAGGGGGAUUAUUCGCACAGCUUACUAAAAUGGCAUCAUGGUAUGUAAAGGGGGGAAAAAUAAGACAUAUGUUGACUUUUUAAGCUCUCAGCAUCCAAAUGACUUUAAAAUACAAUUGCUUUCCCCCUUUGGAGGGUGAGAGCAUGGGGUGGGUCAUGUUGGGAGUGAGUGGGAAAUCAGUUUAUAACCCAUUCUGGGGUUGGGAUCUUAAAUAAAAUUCUGAUGGAGUCCUUUCUCUUUCUUUCACAUAUAUUACAUGUAUAAUAUGACAGAUAUCACCAAUAUUCAAUGAAGACUAAGAACUGCCACCUCCUUAUUUGAGAAUAGUGUCUCUAUUUGAAAAUAGUAUCUAUAGUUGGCACAUAGCAGAUGCUUAAUAAAUGUCUUUUACAUUAAUUCAUUUGUAGUCUAUUUGUUUUCCAACAGUCUUCAACACUUUUUCUUUUAAUAAUAGAUAUCAGCUUAAACAUUUUUUUUCCUACACAAAAUCAAAUAUUGGUGUCUGGGAACUGUGGGCAAAUGUAUUACCAGGAAAGGGGAUUUUUAACAUUAUUCUUAACAUCAUAUUUUUGGUUUGGGAUUGACAUUUAAACCUCUCCACAUUUAAUAUCACUUGUAGUUUUGCAGGGGUGAGGAUAAAAGCCAAUGGUUUGGUUCAGAUUUAUAUGUAGCACGUUUUCUCCCCCCCUAUAAGAGACUAUUUGUUAGCGUCUAAUUUUCAUUCUGUUUUAUAUGCAGCCAGUGACCACAGCUUCCCUUCAAACUACACAGAGACACAUCUCAUCUGCAAAACAGGGCUUACUGAUCUUAUUUACUAUUUGUAUUCUGGUAAGAAGAGGAAGUAGGAUUUAUUAUGAUUGGGGAAAAAUACAUAUUGCUUUGAGUUUGUGUGUCUCUGUCCCAUAUAUCCAUACACACGUGGAGAAUUUAAUAUGAAAGAAUGCCUAAGAAGGACACGUGGAAUGAUGUGUGUGUCUGUUCAGUGAACGAGAGAGGGAGGGAGGGAGAGCAGUAUAGAGGGGUAUGAUAUAGGCAGAGGUAUACUUAAUAUGCAUAGCUUGAUGUAUGUUGACCUCAGGUUACAAGAGUAGAAAAUCCCAUUUUCCAGCUUGUUUCAAAUGUAGUAAAAAUGCUGCUUCAGUUGCUUUAUGCUACUCACAUUGGGAAAGGUGCUUAUACUGUGAUAAUUAUCAUCAAGGAAUAUUAAUGCGUUCAGCAUUUGUAACCCAAAAACUCAUUAUAGCUUAAGCUGUGCAUCAUCUGUGAAGAGAGAACUUUGCCAGAAUUCACUCUUCACAGGGGUUGCCUCCCGCUUGCGGUGGAGUGGUCAGAGUAUUGUAAGAGGUCACUUAGGCUAUUUUUGAAAGCUGAAGUUUUGCAAUUUUUAAAUCACUACCUUCUGUCUAAAUAGCUUAUCAUUCUUGCCUCAAAAUGUGCUCCUUUUAAUGGAAUGCAUGAUGAAGUGUGGAAAAAAAUAAAAGACAACAAUGCAUUAUUAGGGAGAAGAGGAGAGGGUGAGCCCUGGAAUCCCAGAUCAAGAUAAUAGCCCUUUCAGGGUCUUUUCUCCUGUCAUUGAGCAAUAGGUUUCAUAUGUACAACUUGCAGUAAUGUCCAUGCCCUUGGGCUUCAGAUGGAAGUACCUCUACAGCCCUUUGGCUAGAAAUGGUUUCAAUAAGGCUUCAGAGCCCAUUUUCCUCUGUCACUAUUUUCUUUUUGCUUUCUGUGGUGUGUAAUCAAAUGAGUGCAAUGGGACAGUUCACCACAAACAAUAAUUAAUAGAUAAAUAUUUGUUUAAUUGUAAAAGUCACCCUGUUUUGGAGCGUUUCGGGAGAGGAGCCCUGUUUCCCAGCUUUUCUGAGUAGCUUCUAAUUGGGUAGCCUAAUGGGAUGGAGAGAGUCGAUUGGUUAGUUCUGGAGUCAAUUAAGUUGACUUCCAAAAGAAUAUUGAGCCUUUAUCCCUGGUAAUCCAAAUGAUCGCUGAAACAGAAGGGCGUGUGUCUGUGUCCGUGUGUGUCUGUGUUGUUUUUAUGUGAUUCAAUCAUCCCCUUUUCUCCCUCUGAUCCAUUCCUUGUCAUCUCCCAUAAGUAAUAUUUCUGUACGGUGUGUGCUAUAGCUUACGUUACGCCGGCCAGAGAACACUAAUACUCUGUUCUAUCAGGCUCUCUGGCUUUGGAGCGCCGCUGUGCUUCUGAGGUCAAACUGUGAACCUGGCCUUGCUCCUGAGAGGACGAGAAAAAUCUGUUUCAUAACUUUCCUUGGACCUAAGAGAAGAGUCAGAAGCAGAAACACGAAACCUAUAGGCCCACUUUAGAUGGGCUGUGAGCUUGGGAUUCGGCGUGCAGGAACACUUGCUGUUCCUCCGGUUUUCCUACCAUGAGGGGUCACUGGCGGUGGUACGAGCUCAGUAAUGACACAGGGCUUCGGGGGAUCAGGUAAUCAUUCAGAUAGCCCAACAGACACAGACGCACCACCAUCUGAGGUGAUAAUCUGGAGUGAACUUGAGAAACAGGAACUUGCUUGAUUGUUAAAAUCACUUACAGGAAAGAAUAAAGAUAGGAAGAAGGAGCACCGCGAAUUCAGGGAGGCUAUGGCAGCCUUGUUCCACUGAAAGCAAUUUGUUUCUCUAAUGGGACACAGCCUUUAUUUUAUGCAGCCGAGCACUAAUGCUGCAAAAUGGAUGGAUGUCCUGAACCAGAGACAGAUUCUCAAUAGUUCUGAGCCGGAAUACUGACAGAAUGGUUUGGGAGAUACAGUAGUGGCACAUCCUCCGUGUGGAGGUAAACUUAAUAAUCUUUAUGAAUUUUGAGUAACUCAUAACUCCACUCCUCUGCCAAAGAAACAUUAUGAAAAGAUUGCUUUUAAAUCCUUCUGCUGUUCUCCGUACUUGUGAUAGAUGCCCUCCUCUUUACCUUGAGGCGUUGGAAAUGAAUGUGUGUUUUUUGAGAGAGAUAAGAAUGUAGACUUUAGAAGGAGCAAAUUGCAUUUUCAUGUUUAAGUUCACUAUUUGCACUUGAUAUGGCAAAAUCCAAAUGUGAAGGAUUGCUCUCGACAUUAUUUCUGUGUCUUCUCUAUCCCAAGACCUCUCUGCCUUAUUAUGCUAAAAUGGACCAUCACAUGUGAUCAGUGUGAUGCUGAAUGCCUGGAAAUAUUGCAAGAUUGCCAACUAUGACCAAGCUGUAGUCAGAUUCCUAUAACUUCCUCGGUUUAAGAAAUAAUCAUGCAUUCUAAAAUCGUUAGUGAUUGUUCAGAAAGAAGGUAACAAAUCUGGAAAGGGAAGAAUCUUCCCCUCAAUAACCCCCUCCCAGAAAAAAUAUUGUUUUGUCUUAUUUCCUCACAGGAAAAUAACAUUAAAGUUUUUUUUUUAUUUCUCAUUGAAAUUAUAUCCUUUCUCACUGCCACAUGCAUGUAUGUGAACAUAGAGAGAUAUGUACCUAUGUUAUAAGUAAACAUGGAUCAAAGUAAUGAUUGAUAAAACUUGUAAGUAUAUUAUUUUCCUUUACAACUUAAAAUUGAAAUUUUCUUAACUCUAAAGUAGAUCACCUUCAAUGAUGAGUUUCUGAGUUUUUUUAAGUCUUUAAAAGAAAGGGGAGCAGUGUAACUCUUCCCUCUGUCAGGGUGGAUGUGAUGGGAAGGGGUGUUUGUCCUGUGUGUUUCUGUCCUGUGUCCUUUCAUCUGUCAUCAUCCUCUCCCACCAGAGAAUAAUAUAGACAGUAUCUUGGUAAAAUGGAAAACCAAGCCACUCACAUUGUAUCCUGAUAUUUGGGGGAAAAAAAAGAUAUUGGAAGAAGUCAUUCUUUGGCUUGGCUCCCUUUUCACAUGUAAUUGCUGCUUCAUGAGGACUUGGGAGAGUUUCCUGUGGUUUAAUUUAAUCAAAUGGUUCAGAAUGACAAGUGUGUACACUUUGAAUUCUGUUAAGUUCAGAAUUUGAAACAAGAUUUUCUUCAAACCUUUAAAUAAAAAUAAAUACAACUCAUUUUCAAAGUGCUGGGUUAGUUUAGAUCAUUCUUAAUGCUUUCUUAAUGGUGUCAGAUUAGUAAGUGACUGUGCACUCAUUGUAUGCGCAAGAAUCAAAGAAAGUUCACCUCAGAUGAUGGAACCAUUUUUACCUGUCUGACUGUGAAACCCACUUCUGUGUGUGUGUGUGUGCACGUGCACGUGUGUGUGCAUGUGCAUCUAUGUUCGUGAAUGUAGUAAUUAAAAAGUUUUGGGGGUCCUAGGAUCAUAGAUUUAGAGCUUAAAAAAGUUUUUAGAGAUUUAGUCCAACUUUAGACCAAUGAGAAAAUAGGGGAUUUUGAGAAGUAGUCAUUUGGUCAGGUUCACAGAACUAAUAACAGAUCUACUCUGCACUUUUUCUGCCAUACUAUGCUCAAUGUUUGUCUUUUGUUUUCAGUUAUUGGUUUAGUUUUUUUUUUCCAUAGUAACCCUCAAAGGCUUGACAUUCAAGCAACAAAAAUUAUAUUUAAUUUUGGAAGAACAAUGGGUCUUUUUUCCAUUCUCUAAGUUAGAAUCUCUAUUAUUUUCUUGAACUUUCUUGAUGCAUAUUAUUUGAAACUUUAGGAAUGGAGUUUACUGAUUUUAGAUGCUAUUGAUCUUGUGGGAGUGAGGGGACUCCUUACUUAAGGGCAAAAUUUAGUCUAAAAAGCAUGAAAUGAAAUGAAAUGCCUUAUAUUCAGGAGAAGGCUAUAGAAUCAUAAAUUUUAAAGCUAGAAGGAAACUUAAAAAUCUAGCUCUCAUUUUGAUUCUGAAUAAACAAUACCUAAGGGAAUAGUAUCACACAGGUAGUAGUAACAGGAUUUGAACUCAUGUCUUCUGACUCCAUGUGUCAUUAUUAUGUUAUCUCUAGAGCUGAAAGGAGCAUUUGAGGUCAUCUUGUCUAACUUCUCAUUUUACUAUUAGAGGAAUAACUGAGACCUAAAAUGUAAAAUCAUUUCCUUAAAGCCACAAGGUAGUAGUAGUAAGUAGCAGAGCAGGAAUUCAGAGCUACAUCUGCAUCCUCCAGAGCUGCAUCCUCAUCCCCCAGAGCUUUGUAAGUGAGCAGCAUUUCUACCAACAUGACUAAAAAUGUAUAAUAGAAGUAAGGACCUUGCAUUUCCUCAACAGCAAAUAGUUUUGUUCUUAUCUUUUUGAAAGAUGAGUAAAUUACUUCAAAAGAUGAUUGGUGCAGCCAGGUAGAGAGAGUGCUAGGCUGGGAGAUGGGAGGUCCUGGGUUCAAAUGUGGUUGAGACAUUUCCUAGCCAGGUGACCCUGGGCAAGUCACUUAACCCCAUUUGUCUAGCCCUUACUGCACUUCUGCCUUGGAAUGGAUACUUAGUAUUGAUUAGAGUUUAAAGUAAAGUAAGUAAGUAAAGUAAGAGUUUAAAAAAAAAAAGACAGUAGGAUUGCUCUAAAUGAUGCUUUGGACACAAAAUUAAAUACCCUGCAGAUAGGUGAAAACAAAUGCAAUCACACCUGCAUGCACAGACACACAUACACACACACAAUUCUGAUAACACAAAAAGUUCUUAUCCCUUUUCCGUGAGUAAAAAAUGACUUGAAAACAUUCAACAUUCCUAGUUGGUUCUCAUUGUAUAUUCUCAUACAUGCAUCAUUUUUCGGCCAAAAUCAUAGGGAGAGAAAUGUAUUUAUUUCAUAUUUAUUUAAAGAUGCAAAGGAA